CGUUCGCCGUGAUUAAAUCUAAACAAGAGGGAAUCUGUUUAACGGCUGCAAUUCUCAUCCUCGCAUAAACAUAAGAAUCAUUUUCAAUAAUGCCUUCAUCUAAUUCCAAUAAGGUGCCCAAUGAUCGGCCAAUUUUUUCAAGACACGGAUCCCCCCAAUACUCAAUUGGUAGAUUGAACAGUCUAAUCCAUACGGGUGAUUCAUAGAUCGCCAAAUUUAAUGGAUUAAAGUUGGGUGUCCAGGGUUGAAUGUAUAGUGGAAACUUUUCAAAAUACCAGUUUUUCGCAUUUAGGGCUUUGUCUCUUUCUUCUUUAUCUGCAAAAAUUAUGACAAAGAAGCCUUUUGGGAGGUAUUUUACCACUACUUGGCUACCCCAAUUCUUCUCAACCCAGGGCGUGAUGCAUUUCCUUGGCUGUUUGGGGCCAAUAAUUCGGGCAAUAAACGCUAGAUAGGCGAUUCACUGUUCUUAUGGUGUAAACAUAUACACACUUAAAAGUUGUUCUAACACAAUUCUUCCGUUUGAUCAACAAUGGAGACUGGUGAUUCAAUUCAUAGCCAUGGCCAUGAGAAUUAUAUGUUACACCCACUUCUUGCCAAGGAGGACACAGUUGUGUUUGAGGAUGAGCAAGAUGAAUGGAAGUGCAGUAAAGGUCUAGUAUGGGAGGAAGUAAAGAAACAAUGCUGGAUAGCAGGGCCCAUGGCGUCUGUGAAUUUGUUACAAAUCAGCUUGCGGUUGAUAUCUGUUAUGAUGGUAGGGCAUUUAGGGGAGCUUGCUCUCUCUGGUGCAUCUAUUGCUUCUUCCUUUGCAGGUGUCUCCGGCUUCAGUUUGCUGAUGGGAAUGGGAAGUGCAUUGGAAACACUAUGUGGACAGGCCUAUGGGGCAAAGCAAUACCAUCUGCUGGGCAUUCAUGUGCAGAGAGCAAUUUUUACUCUUUUUUGUGUGAGCAUACCACUUGCUGUGGUGUGGGCUUACAUGGGCAACAUUCUCAUUGCAUUUGGGCAGAACCCUUUAAUAUCUUUUGAAGCAGGAAAAUUUGCUAGAUGGAUGAUUCCCAGUUUGUUUGCUCAUGCAGCUCUUCAACCCCUUGUAAAAUUUCUUCAGUCACAAAGCAUUGUCUUUCCCAUGAUGCUAUGCUCUGCAAUUACAUUGUGUUUCCAUGUUCCCAUUUGCUGGGCUUUGGUAUUUAAAACUGGAUUAGGUAGUAAAGGGGCUGCCUUGGCAACCAGCGUUUCUAACUGGCUUAAUGUGGCACUUCUUUUACUAUGUAUUAAGAUUUCACCUGCUUGCAAGAGGACUUGGACAUACUUUUCAAGGGAGGCGUUGCAUAAUAUUAAAGAUUUUCUCAAGCUUGCCAUUCCAUCUUCAGUGAUGCUCUGCUUGGAGAAAUGGUCCUUUGAAAUGCUUGUUCUCUUCUCAGGUCUGUUGCCUAAUCCAAAACUAGAGACAUCAGUUCUUUCAAUCUGCAUUAGCACGAAUGCUCUAGUAUUUAUGAUUCCCCUUGGUUUUGGUGCUGCUGUAAGUACACGAGUCUCAAAUGAAUUAGGAGCUGGACACUCACAUGCUGCCCGCUUAGCAGUCUAUGUAGUGUUCUUUAUGGCAAUCACGGAGGCAGUCAUGAUAGGAUGUCUUUUAUUCUCUAUAAGAAAUGUCUGGGGCUCUGCUUACAGUGAUGAAAAGGAAGUCAUUAAUUAUGUUGCAAGCAUGCUCCCACUGGUAGCAGUCUCCUCAAUUUUGGAUGGAAUCCAAGGCGUUCUGUCAGGCGUUGCUAGAGGAUGUGGAUGGCAAAAAUUUGGUGCUUAUGCUAAUCUUGGGGCAUAUUACAUGGUUGGCAUUCCCGUAGCUGUCCUCUUAGCCUAUGUACUGCAUUUUGGUGGCAGGGGGCUCUGGCUUGGACUUACCUGUGGCAUUUCUGUACAAUCAAUUUUACUGUUCUUAAUGACUUCAUGUACAGACUGGGAACAACAAGCAAGAAAAGCAAGAGAAAGAGUAUAUACAUCAGCAUUACCCAUAGUUACUGAGGAUACAAUAAAGAGUUUUGGAAGGAACCUGAAAUCUUGAACAACAAAAAUAAAGAUCAAACGGCAUGAAACCAAAACCGAAUUUUGAUAAUCAAUAUUCAAACUGUUUGAACACAGAAGCUGAUUUAGGACUGCCUCGAGCUCUAAACCGUGUCAAGGUAGUUCAGCUGUAACAGCAAUGUCAUUAUUGAAUGAGACCACUUUCGUUAGUUUAUUUAACAUGCUCAAGCACUUUUGUUGGCUAAUAAGAAAAACCAUUGUCCAUUUGCUCGUUGAAUUCUGAUCCUGAUCAAAUACAAAAUUCAAUGGUCGGAUGGUUCAUGUAAUUCUUCUGUAAUGUGUUGUUAUGCAUCCUUUUUUUCGUUAAGAAACUUUG